UCAAUUGACUUUCGAAAAUAAUCUAAUUUUGCACUUGAAACUGGCAUUUACAGCUUAGAACACAGUUUGGAAUUGAUUAUUUUGGGAAAGAACAGUUUAAUCGCAGAAAGAAUUUGAUAAUUCGAAGUGAAAUAAGUCAUUUUAAAGUGCAAUAAAUGGUUGUGUUUGAUAUGCUCCAAAGCAAUAAAUUGAGAGUUAUUUGACAGAUUGUGAAACAUUUUUUUUUUGUUUCCAGAGAAGAAGAUCAAAAAAAGAAACUUUUUGAUUCAAAUUUAUUCUUCAUUUGAAGUCAAACAUCGAUUUAAAUCAAAAUUAAAUAAAUUGCAACACCCAAAAUGCCAACCACUUGUAUCGUUGACUUUGAGAACAAUCCAGAAAAAGUCAUUUACGCUGGUCAACUUCUACGUGGAACCGUUCAACUCACUUUGACCGAAGAGAAGAACGUGCGCGGUGUAUUCAUUCAAAUACGUGGCGAAGCCUAUGCUCAUUGGAGCAAAAAAAAGGGCAAAAGAACCAAAAAUUACACUGGUGAAGAGAUAUAUUUGGAUGAAAAAACGUAUUUUGUCGGUGGAAGUGAAGGUGAAGUUCGAAUAUCACCUGGGACGUACAAUUACACAUUCCAAUGUUUGCUGCCGGCUGGACUGCCAUCAUCCAUAGAAGGCAAAUUUGGACACAUAAGAUAUACGGCCAACGUAGUGCUUGACAUUCCAAUGUGGGUCAACAAAAAAUUUGUCAAUCCAUUCACCGUAAUUAAGCCAAUCAACUUGAAUGAUGAUCGAAUACUACGGGAACCAAUCAGCAAAGCGAUGCGAAAAACUUUUCUAAAAUGUUGUUGCUGUGCAACCGAUGCAUUGGAGAUCGUAGUCCGUGUUCCAGUCGGUGGUUAUACGCCAGGCCAAUUUGUUAAUCUGGAAAUUGAAGUGAAAAAUAAAAGCAAUGAACCGGUGUCUGAGUUCACAGUGGAACUGGUACAGAAAAUCACGCACUACGCCAAUAACAGCCGAAGUACACGGUAUCAAGAAGUAUCGGAAGAGGUUGGCACAACAAGUGGCUGCGACACUUUUCAGAAUAAAAAUCUUCGGGUAAAUUUCGAAAUUCCACCGGUUCCUCCAACCGACUGCGUAUCGAGCAAUAUUAUCCAUAUUGAAUAUGCAAUUCAUAUAACCGGUUCAGUAGGAUUUUGUCAUGGUGAUCCCGUGAUUAAAAUUCCGAUCAAGAUUGGUACUUAUCCGAUUCAGGAUGGUGCACAUGGCAAUACAGUCGCAGGAACAUCAAAUGUUGUUGUAAUACCACAACCAACGGCUCCAGUCAUUCCAGAUAAUCAAACUGCGUCAAUUUAUCCAACUGCUCUGGGAUUCCAAGACGAUCCACCAACCUAUGAGGAAGCAACAAGAAAUGACAAUAACGAAGUGGAUGGUGACAAUUUCAAACCGAAAUAUCCAAUGUUCAGACGUCAAACGUCUUAUUCAAUUGGAAAUUAGACAAUGAAACACGAUCUAUUAUUUCUUUCACUCGUCGUAAUUAUUCGCACUUGCUGUUGCAGAAGAAUCAAUCUAGUUAGUCUGAGACGAUAAUUCAAUUCGUUUACUUUUACUAUAAACAACCCUUUUAUUAUUAUAUGUCGAAUAAUGUCUUUCUAUUUCUUAAGUUGGUUGAAUGUUA